AUGGCUUGGGAGGCACUGAAGAAGUCUAUCAACGGUCUGGUCAACAAGGUCAACACUGCCAACAUCAAGUUUGUGGUCCCCGAACUCUUUGGCGAGAACCUCAUCCGUGGCCGCGGUCUGUUUUGCCAGAGCCUGCUGAAGGCCCAACAUGCCAGUUUGCCCUUCACCCCCAUUUAUGCUUGCUUGGCUGCGAUUUGCAACACCAAGCUGCCCCAGGUGGGCGAACUACUUGUCAAGAGGCUCAUCCUGCGUUUCCGCAAGGCCUUCAAGAGAAACGACAAGGCGGUUUGCCUCUCGUCGACCAUGUUCAUAGCCCAUCUCGUCAACAACCAGGUUGUCCACGAGAUGAUUGCCGCCCAGAUUCUGCUGCUGCUGCUCGCCAAGCCCACGGAUGACAGCGUCGAAAUCGCUGUCGGCCUCAUGAGGGAAGUCGGCUUGUUUUUGGAGGAGAUGUCCCCGGCCAUCGCCCAUGCCGUUUUCGACCAGUUCCGCAACAUUCUUCACGAGGCCGAUAUCGACCGUCGUACGCAGUACAUGAUCGAGGUGCUUUUCCAGGUGCGCAAGGACAAGUACAAGGACAACCCGGUUAUCAAGGAGGAAUUGGAUCUCGUCGAAGAAGAGGAUCAAAUCACACACCGGAUUGGGCUUGACGACGAAAUUGACCCGCAAGAUGGACUCAAUGUGUUCAAGAUGGAUCCCAACUGGGAGGAGAACGAGGAGGAAUACAAGAAGUUGAAGGCGGAGAUCUUGGGUGAGGCUAGCGACGACGACGAAGAUGACGAUGAUGGCGACGAGUCGGAGAGCGGAUCGGAAUCGGAGGACGAGGAACAGAAGGCGUUGGAGAUCAAGGACCAGAGUAAUGCGGACCUCGUCAACCUCAGGAGGACUAUCUAUCUCAGCAUCCAGUCGAGUGCCGAUCCCGAAGAAGCGGCGCACAAGCUUAUGAAGCUGCGGCUCCCUGCCGGCCAGGAGGCCGAGUUGGUGUCGAUGAUUGUCGAGUCAUGCGCCCAGGAGAAGGUCUACUUGAAGUUUAUGGGCUUGCUAGGAGAGCGGUUUGCCCGUCUUAACAGGAUGUGGAUGGACUUGUUCGAGGAGUCAUUCGCCAAGUACUACUCCACGAUUCACCGAUACGAGACCAACAAGCUUCGCAACAUUGCUAGGUUCUUUGGGCAUCUUUUGGCUACCGAUGCCAUUGGCUGGCACGUUUUCUCGGUUAUCCACCUAAACGAGGAAGAAACGACCUCCGCCAGCCGUAUCUUUAUCAAGAUCCUGUUUGAAGAUCUCCAGGAGAAUAUUGGCUCUGCGAAGUUGAAGGCUCGCAUGAGUGAAGAGACUCUCCAGCCCAGUCUGCAAGGCAUCUUCCCUCAUGAUGAGCCGCGUAACAUUCGCUUCUCUAUCAACUACUUCACAUCCAUCAAGAUGGGUUAUCUUACCGACGAGAUGCGUACCUUCCUAGCAAACAUGCCAAAACCUGCCCUGCCAGCACCUCCAGCGGAUUCUGAUUCCGAGUCCGUGUCCAGCUACUCUUCCUAUUCUUCUUACUCAUCCCGUUCUCGCUCUCGUUCCCUGACGCCUCGGAAGGACACCCGCGGACGCUCGCUCUCGCGCACCCCUCCUCGUCGUGGCAGAGGCAGAUCCUACAGCCAGACACCAAGCCGGAGCAGGAGUCGUAGCCGUAGCUACAGCCGCUCCGUCUCGAAAUCCGUUUCGCGGUCUCCUCCAAGGCGAAGAGCGGUGGAGUCCCGGUCUCCCAGCCCGCCACCCCGCGGCCGUAGGCGUAGCUACGACCGGUAUUCCCGCUCACCCUCGCGCUCGCGCUCUCGUACCCGCUCCCCGGCGGCGCCGCCCAUCCGCCGCGGUCGCUCGGGAACCCGUAGCCGUAGCAGGUCAUACUCGCGCUCGCCAUCCCCCCCGCCUGCUCGUGGUUAUCCCACCCGUGGUCGAGCACCCGUUAGCAACAAUGACAGAGCCGCCGCCGCUUCCGGCAAGCGUCGUAGAGAAGGUUCCUACUCGGCAAGUCGCUCGCCACAUCCCCCUCCCCAACAGCGUCUUCGCCGAGGGAGCUACAGUCGGUCACGAUCAAGGUCUCCGAUACCGAUUAGAGGCAACGGGCCGGCGGGUAGAGAUACAGGCCGAGCUGGCCCGGCUCCCGCUCGUGGAGGACGGCGGGAUCGCUCAUACUCGAGAUCGCGAACCCGGUCACCUCCACCGCUAGCGGAUGCCGCCACAGGGUCUAGGAGAGUUGUCAGCAGGUCGCCAAGCCCGGUGGUUGGGAACAACAAGCGGAGGAGAUCGUAUAGCAGCUCAAGGUCAAGAUCUAGAUCGAGUUCGAGGUCCAGGUACAGGUCCAGGUCACCAGUUGCUAAGCGGGGAAGAGUUGAUUAGAAGCCCUUUUACCAUUAUUAACGGACUAACGGGAAGGAAGAGAAGGGGGUGACAGAUGUUGACUUGGAAUUCAGAAGAGGCUACGAAAUGUAUAUUGAUACCAGAAGCAUUGGUUGUGAAAAGAAAAGAAGGACAAAGAAUGACAGGCAAGUCUCGUUGUACCAGGGCAAGACUAAAAUUAAAAACCAAAUCGAGAUUUAUUCCGUUGG